AUGUUAAAUCACAGUCCUCCUGCGGUACCAACUGAGCACAUUCAAGAACCUGAGUUAACAACUAUAGAAACUACUGUGACAACUACUAAAAUAGAAGAAACUGUUUCCCAUGAUAAAGAAGAUAAAGAAUCAAUACUACUUAAAAACGUGUCUAGUAAAAUUGCUGACUUUAUAGAAAAAGAAAAGCAACAAUUGGAAGCAAUUCUUGAUAGUCCUCCAACGAAGACCCAAAGGAAGAAGAACAAGGGUAAAGAUAAAGAUAGUGACUUUACCGAUUCUGUGUCAUCAGAAGUUUCUGUAUCUGAAGAAGCUGCGAAAGAUACCACGAUUCAACCUGUUAUUAUUGAUGAACCACAAACAGUUACAACAACUGAAGUUGUUACAGUGACAAUUGUUGAAAAGACAGAAAAUGAAAUUACUCCUGACAAAAAGAAAAAGAAAGGAAAGAAAACACCUAAAGUAUCAGAAUCUGAACCAGUAGUUGAACCGGUCAGUACGCCAGCUGUAGAAGUUGUAGCAGUUGAAGAGCCAAAGAAGAUUGAUUACAAAGGUUUACCAGUUGAUGAAACUUCUAGUUUAUUUGAAAAUAUCCUAGAUGAACCUAUGGUGUUCUCUGAUGAUGAGCCAGCUCAAGAACAACCAUUAAUACCAGUAGAAAUUGUUCAAACAGAGACAAUUAUUACUACAGAAACAAUUGAACCCAUAGUUACUGAACAAUCAUUUGCUACACCUGGCAAAAUUGAAAGGAAGAAAUCAAAGAAAAUUAAAAAAUUGCCACCAAAAGAAGAUACACCUAAAUCCGAAGAACCAACUUUGAAACCCUCCGAAACAGAAAUAAAAGAAGAAACUUUACAACAAGUAACAGAAACAGUUUCUGCUUUUAUUCAACAAGAAAAAGUUCAAGAGCCUGAACCAACCAUUAUUUUGUCAACAACAAUCGAAGAAAUUAGCACACCAGUACCUGAAGAAGAAAGUCCUACUUCUGAUUCAGGAGACAAGAUUAAAACUAAGAAAUCCAAAACGGGCAAGAAAGACAAACAGUCAGUUCCAAAACUUGAAGAUACAAUUGAAGAAGUUGUUUUUGAACAAACCAGUGCCAUUGAACCGAUUGUGAAAGAAGAAAUCACUAUUGUUUCCGAAACAAUUGAAUUGGAGUCACCAAAAUCUAAUAAGAAAGACAAAAAGAAAAAAUCUAAGAGUUCAGAAAUCAAGACAAAUGAAAUUGUUGCAGUUGCAGAAACUGUGUUGUCAACUACUGUCGAAGAAACUGUACAAAUACCUGAAAUUGUUGAAGUGGCAGAUGUCUCUAAUGCUGAAAUACUUGUUAAAGAAGAAUCUCCAAAAUCUUCUAAAAAGGACAAACAAGCGAAGAAAAUACCAACUGAAUUCAUAGUCGAUGAAUCAACCUUAGUUCCUACUAAUAUUGAAGCCGAAAUGCAAAAAUGCACAUUUAAAACUCCGGAAACUCCUGAAACGGAGGAGAAAAUAGCAGCAAUUGUUCCUGACGUUAGUGAGUGCUUUAUUGCAACUGAAAAACAAGAAGCACUAAAAGAUGAAGAAGUGAAAAAGCCUGAAACACCUAGAUCAAGCAGAAAAGAGAAGAACAAAAAGAAGCGCACUAAAUCUGAAACAGAAGAUAAACAUUUGGAUAUUAAAACAAAUGCUGAAGAAAUUAAGUUAGAUGUGGUUGAAACUGUUAAGGAAACAACUGAAAAUAUUCAAAAUAACGUGUCUCUUGAAAUUAAACAAGUUGUUCCAGUGAGCAGUGAAGAACCAAUUAACGUUCCAAAAUCCUCAAAGAAUGAUAAGAAGGCUAAAUCAAAACCAGAACAAGUAAAAAUAGAAGAUAAAGAGGAAAUAACCAAUGCUAAAGUUGUUCAAUCUGCUCAUGAAAUUGUGGCUUUGAUUGAGGCUGAAAGACAAAAUGCCUUACAUGAAGAAGUGCGUAAGGAUGAUUCAGAUUCAUCAAGAGGCAGCAAAAAGGACAAAAAAAGAAACGUGUUAAAUCAACAAGUGAAAGUAAACCUGAAGAACCAGAUAGUAUCAACUGAGACAAUGAUUUCUGAAACCACUAUUGAAACACCAACUGUUGAAACUAAAGAAAUUAUUACAAUUAUGGAAACUGAACAACAACAAACAUUGGUAGAACAAGUGCCUAAAAUAGAGUCACCAAGGUCCAGCAAGAAAGAUAAGAAACAGAGGACGAAAUCUGAAAAUGAAAAGAAACCUGAUGAAAUUAAAACUGAAAUCGUGCCUGAUCAGGAAGUGAUGGGAACAAUUUCAACUGAAGUAGCAGCUAAGGAGGAGAAGCCAAUUGAAAAGAUUGAAAUUGUUGAGGAAGUUACAAAAGUCUCUAAGGAACCCAGUGCUGAAGAUAUUCCGAAAGCUGAAGUUUCUCCAAAAUUGAGCAAAAAAGACAAGAAAAAGAAAACUAAAACAAUUUCUGAAUCAGAAGUAUUAUCUGAACCGGUGGUGUCAGUUACAACUGAAGUGGUACCCGAAACAAAAGUAGAAACCACAACGAUCGUGCAAACCACAGAAGAUAUAGUGACAUUUAUUGAUACUGAAAAGCAAGCGUCUAUUACCGAUUCGCCUAGAUCUAGUAAGAAAGAUAAAAAGCGAAGAAAAGCACCAUCUGAAACGGAGAAUAAACCAGAAGAAAUAGUACUCGCUCCUGUGGAGGUUCUUGAAGAAUGCAAACCAGAGACACUAGAAACUUCCUUAACUUCUGAAAUGAUUGAGGUUGUUAAAGAAGUCAUUGCAGAACCUGUGACAGCUGAGGUAUCUUCACCAAGAUCAAGUAAAAAGGAUAAAAAGAGGAAACCAAAAACAAAAUCUGAAUCCGAAAGUAAACUUGAAGAUCUUGCAGCAGAAAAACAACUUGUUACACCUGAAAUAAAAGAAGUUGUUCAAGAAAUUCAAACGUUCAUCGAGAGUGAGAAACAAAAUAUUUUGUCUGAGGAAGCAACUAAACCUGAUUCGCCUAGAUCCAGUAAGAAAAACAAAAAGAAGAAACCAGCAGUACCAGAAAUUGAGUCGAAACCAGAGAAUACUGAAGUUGAAGUUUUAAGUUUGAUCGAAGUUCAACCAGAAGUAAUUGAGGUAACGCAAACAAUUACUGAAAUAGUUGAGGCAGUCAAAGUUGAACCACUUCAGGAAUCUUUGAUCGAUGAGAAACUUAUAGAAAAUGUAUUGCCUGAACCUAGUAAAAGGGACAAAAGGAAGAAGAAACCCAGGACAAAGUCUGAGACUGAAAAACAACCUGAAGAGCUGGUUGCAGAAAAAGAGAUAUCUAACACUGACCUCAUUGCAACACAGGAAUUACCUAAACCUGAAAUAACACAAGUUACACCAGAAAGUUCACCGGGGGUCGUAGUUGAGAAUCAAGUUAUAAUAACGGAGGAAGCGCUUAAAACUGAUUCACCAAGAUCCAGCAAGAAAGACAAAAAGAAGAAGAAGACAGCAUCUGAAAGUGAGAAACAACCUGAAAAUGUUGAAGUUCUUCUAACCACGGAGGUCAAAUCUGAGACAAUACUGAUUGUUCAACCUGUUACUGAAAUAGUGAAUGUAGUUGAACCAAUAUUGGAACCUUUGCUAGAUGAAAAACAUGUUGAAAGUGUAUUGCCAGAACCAACUAAAAGGGACAAGAAGAAUAAGAAACCCAGGACAAAGUCUGAGACUGAAAAACAACCUAAAGAGCUACUUGUAGAAAAAGAGAUACCAAACACUGACCUCAUUGCAACAGAUGAAUUACCUAAACCUGAAAUAACACAAGUUACAACAGAAAUUUUAACGGAGGUCGUAGUUGAGAAUCGAGUUAUAGUAACGGACGAAGCGCCUAAAACUGAUUCACUAAGAUCGAGCAAGAAAGACAAGAAAAAGAAGAAGAAGACAGAAUCAGAAAGUGAGAAACAGCUUGAAAAUGUUGAAGUUGAAGUUUUACUAACUUCGGAGGUCAAAUCAGAGACAAUCGAAAUUGUUCCGCCGGUUACUGAAAUAGUCAAUGUAGUGGAACCAACUUUGGAACCUUUGCUUGAUGAGAAACUCAUUGAAGAUGUAUUGCCUGAACCAACUAGAAGGGACAAAAAGAAGAAGAAACCCAGGACUAAAUCUGAGACGGAGAAACAACCCGAGGAACAACCGAAACUUGAAUCAGACGCUGCGGUUGUCGUAGUCGAGAAGCAAGUUGUAUCUUCAGAUGAAGCAAUUAAACCAGAUUCACCUAGAUCGAGCAAAAAAGACAAAAAGAAAAAAAGACAGUAUCUGAAACUGAAAAACAACCCGAAACUAUUGAGACAGAAGUUUUAGUUACUUCGGAAAUCCAACCAGAAACAAUUGAAACAACGAAAUUGGUUACUGAAAUCGUUGAAGUAGUUAAAACAACUCAGAAAUCUGUAGUUGAUGAGAAACUUGAGGAAAACGUUUUGCCUGAAGCUAAUAAAAAA